AUGGACAUGUUUAGAAUGACCCAGCAAUUUGUCACAUUUCCUCCCUCUGCAGUUACAACCAUGCCAAUAGAAAACCCUCCAGAUCAUUCUCAGGAACAAUCGAAGGUUUACGUCACAGUGGCAGUGCAUCCGGGUCCAAACUCGCAUACAGUGGUACCGUAUGGAAACGCACAGCCAUUUGUGAACCCGGUUCCGCAACACCAAGUCGUCGGACAGUACACGGCUCAGCCUGCUGUUUCUCAUGCACACACUCCUCAACCUGAAUAUGUUCUCAAUCAAGCGCAUCCUAUAAGCAGGGAUCGAGUUAAAACAUCAGAAUUCUUGAUCCGAUUUUAUAAAGAAGUAGAAGCAAGUCCACAGACAGUAAAAUGGCUAAUGGACAACUUCGAAACAGCAGAGGGGGUCUCACUGCCACGGGCGAGAAUGUACGACCACUACAUUCUUCAUUCAGAACAGACAAAUCAGGAGCCUGUAAACGCAGCUAGCUUUGGGAAGCUUGUUCGUUCAGUCUUUGUGAAUUUGAAAACACGACGACUCGGCACUCGUGGGAACUCGAAAUACCAUUAUUACGGCAUAAAAAUCAAAGAAAACUCACAACUUCAUCAAAUACAAAACGAUCCUGAGUUCCAGUCAAAGGUGGAAAAAAUUGCUCCCAAACCUGCGAAAAAGACAAGGAAAGCAGAAAAAGUCAAAAUGCUCAGCAAAUCGUCAAUGAAACAAAUCGAAAGCGACAUCUUGACGAGCGUUAUUCAAUUCGGCGUUGAUGAUGAAGAAAUUGAACUCUUCGAAGACGCCUAUCGAGAACACUGUGAGCAAAUUCUCGACUAUGUUCUCGGCCUUCAAUUCGAUGAACUCAAACAGUACUGGCACGACUUUUGGCACAUUCAACACUAUGAAGGAAAACAUCUGGCAAAAGAAAAGUUUCAAACGCUUUUGACGAUCCCUGGAGUUUCCGGCUGGAUUUACCAGUGCGAUCAAAUCCUCUAUAAAAAUCUUGUCGAUGUUCUCAUCCCUGAUGUUUUGAAGCAGGAUGUACCACAAACGUAUACUUCUCAAAUUCGACUUUUCGCAAGAGAAGCGACGAGUUGGAUGCGUGAAUCGAUGGAAACUUCAAUACAGCAAGACAUUAUCGAUGCGAAGAUAACAGCAGUUUCUCACUUUUCCUCGACUCUCCGAAGACUAACAUCGUUAACUCAUUUGAUUCGGGAAGCAAGGCCGAUUUUGAACAACCAUGAGAUCGUUCAACAAAAACGCGCGGACUUGGAGAAAAUCGACAUAAUGAAGAUUCACGAGCAAAUCAGUUGGGUGACUGAAUGUCCUCUAGAAACAGUGCAAACCAUUCAUUCCGGAAUGGUUAGUCUUUUGGACACACAUGCAUCUUUCGAUGACUGGCAUGCCUUCCUCGUAAAAUCUAUCGACUCUUGCCUACCGGAGAGAAGCCAUCCAAACUAUUCCGAAAAAGCAAAGAAGUUUAUCAUGAGUUGGUCUUAUUACAGCUCGAUGGUUAUUCGAGACUUGACUCUUCGAUCUGUUCAAACUUUUGGAUCAUUUCAUCUGAUUCGCAUGCUUCUCGACGAGCUUGUUUCGCAUGUGAUUGAGCAACACAUGCAAAACGCGGAAUCAGUUCAAUACAUUCCUAGAAACAUAAUUAUCAAGACGGAAGCAACAUCGCAUCAUCAAUCAACUGGAUACGUUCCUGUAGCUGCAGCUCCACCUCAAGCGAAUUCAAUGAAUACACUCAAUCCGAUUCAAUAUGCGGACGCUCCCGGCUAUUCAACCUGA